AUGGUGUCUCUUCGUGUGGCACCCAUGAAAGAUGUGAUGAGGUUUGGAAAGAAGGGAAAGUUAAGCCCCAGGUGCAUUGGACCGUUUGAGAUUCUAGAGCGAGUCGGUAACUUGGCUUAUAGGCUGGCUUUCCCACCUACCAUGAAGAACAUCCACAACACCUUCUAUAUAUCAAUGCUGAAGAAAUAUGUUCAUGAUCCUUCACACACACUGAACUACGAACCACUCGACCUAAAGGUGGACAUGACCUAUGAAGAGAAGCCAGUUCAGAUUUUAGACCAGAAGGAUCAAGUGCUUCGCAAUCGAUCGAUACCCCUAGUUAAGGUACUUUGGAGAAAUCAUGCCAUUGAGAAGCAUCUUGGGAACGAGAGGAAGAUAUGUGAGCUAAAAACCUUGAGAUAUUUACAAACUAAGGGGUAUAUGGGACCAAAAUCACAGGUCCAGGAUCGUAACCAAAAGGUUGGAACUUCUGUUUAUAUCUAUUAG